AUGGACUUUAUGAACGUGCUCAGCAUGACUCAAAGGGGGCCAGACUCACGGAGAACUAGCUUUAGAUAUUCAUCCUUCGACACAACAAUAGCAGCAGAACAAUCUGCUAUCAUCGAUUCAGCAGCAACAACACCACACGAUAGCCCUCUGCUUCGUCCGUACCGACACCUUAUAGCAGAACCAGAGAUGCUUCCGCAGGCAACUCGCAAGUUCUCAUACAACAGCGUCAAGGAAGACCCAGUUCAAGACACACCACAGUCCUUCGCCGCUUCCCUCUCCUCCGAGGAACUGGAAGAGGUUGAGUGGAUCGCGUGGCCAUGCAGUCAAUGGUGCCGCACAAAGGGUCUUUGUUCACACCACUCAGGUGCCACCCACGACGACUACAUCCAGACCCGACUCGACGGGUACGCUAGAAGCAAUCCCCGCAAACUGCAGAAGAUUCUACAAGAGAUCGAGAAGCGACGGCAAGCCCAAAGACACGGCAGGUUCCCAGCAGUAGUGACACCAGGACUUGGUCGGGACCGCACAGAAUCUGGGCUGGAUGUCUGGCGUGAAAAGCUGAGGCGAGUUCUGGUACGUCCGCUGGAGCUCGAGGACGAAGAAGCGGUCAUCUUGACAGACAGCGAAGAUGAUAUGUCAAUCGUCGAGUCAGGGAAGGUCGACCUUUCCCGGUUCGAGAUGCUCCCAAACGAGAUUCAGGAUCUCAUCUUCUCCCACACUGUCGUGGACCACACUGCCGACGUAUACGCAAGACCACACACCGACCUGUGCUCACUAUCUCUGGUGUCUCGGAGCCUUCAUGCGGCCGCCCUUCGCGUUAUGUACCGGCACGUCAGCAUUCCACAAUCGAAGAGCUUCACCAAGUUCCUACGAAGCCUGACAGAAGAUGAGUCACUGGGAGAGUUUGUGCAAUGGCUAGACUUUUCUCACUACAACAACCUUGGCUUCGGACGCGCCCGAUCGACCUCCACGAGAACACCAUUUGUGACUCCGACCACCAUCAGAGAAUGCUUGGAUCGCCUGCCACAGCUCCAGGCCUUCCUCGUCCACGAGCACAUUGACGACGAGCUGGAUGUUAACGUUCUGGAGAAGCUCUUCCGCAUGCCACAUAUGCAGGCACUCGACUUCACAGCAUGUUCGUCAAAGCCGUUCACCGAAAGCUUCACCAGCUUGUCGUCCACGCUCUCUAGCAGUGCUCUGGCCGGUCCAAGAGGUCACUCUCUCAAGCGAUUGUCCCUCCACGAGUGCACUACACUGCCAGAGUCCGUCUUUGAGGCGAUCCUCCCUCAACUGACGAACCUCACUCAUCUCGAUGUGGCGCACACUUUGAUCAACGACAAAGCUCUCAACUCCAUUCCGACGACUGCCCGCAUCACUCACCUCAACCUCGAGCGUUGCACGCGCCUGACCGGUUGCGGUGUCGUCCGCUUUCUCACCAGUCACCCGGCAGCCAAAGACAGCAUUGUUUAUCUGAAUGUCUACUCCGACGCCUCACGACACAGGCUCCUCAGCGAAGAGGAAGUCACCCGCCUACUACCUGCCUGCCCCCAACGUCCUGCGCAGACUCGCAACUCAACUGGAGGAGCUCGGUCUACGCAGCGCCAAUCUCGCCUCGAUGCCGACAUCAACCGCAUCUUCGCCACCACAGACGGCGAAGCAAACCACCAGACCACCUUACGCUACCUCGACCUUACCGACAUCAAGUCCGUCACCCAGAUGUCCCUCAUGUACAGCCCGGCCACGUUGUCCGGUCCUCAUACUGAGCCUCUCGAAGUCAUCGAGCUCGGCGGCUCCGUGCUCGAAGAGAUCAAGAAGCGUACCGCGAAGGUCAAGAACCCUGAUUGGGUAGUGCGAGAGCUCGGAAGGCGGGGUUGGUACGUUCGAGUACCAAAAAAUAGUGCUGUAGGAGCUACUGGCGAUGGGACGGUUAUUGAUGAUGGGAGUAGGGGCUGGAAGAUGGGGGCGAGGUGGUGGGGAAUGAGAAAGGUGCCGGUUGUGAGUCAGGAUGUUGGUGGGAUGUAUGGAUAUUUUAUGUUCAAGCGGAACUGA